AUGAAAGAAACAAUCUCCGAGAAACUUGAGAAAUAUUUCUUUAACCUUCAAUAUGAAGAUUAUGAUAAGGCUGACCAAAAACUUAUUCAGCUUUUAUCUUUAGAAACUGAAGAAUGCGAAGAAUUGUAUCAAAAAGAACCCAAACUUUUUGAUCAAUAUUUUAGAAUGACUAAAAUAGAUGAACCUGAUACUGAAUCAGAACAAGAAGAUAACUUUAAAACUAAUACAAAGACAGUUAAGUUCGAAUAUUCAGAUAUGGAAGAUGAUGAAGCAGAAUCUUCUUAUACAACCGCAAGAAGAAGCAAUAAAAAGAAAUAUGAGUUCAAAAUGCCUGUCCACAAUGGUAUUCCAGAUAGUAGCAAAGGACCCAAUACGAUCAAUGUACUCAAUAUUGAUUGUAUCCAAGAUCUAAAACUCAGAGAAAGAGUUGUAGAAAAAUGGGUUACUGAGAUUUCACUAAUCUUACAGACAAACCCAGAUGAAUUUGAGAAAGCAAAAAAUGUUCUUCUACUUUUAGAACACAAAACUGAUGGAAUUGUGCAAAAGUUCCUAAGAAACAAUAAUUGGAAUGAAGAUUUGCAUGGUUCAGAUCUUUUUGAUAAUCUCAUAAAUGUCAUAUACACUACUUUCUUAGGUCUUGAUUAUAUUUCUAAUAAAGACUUUACCAUUAAUAAGAAAGCUGACGUAGCAAGAGUUUCAAUGACAAAACUCCAAUUACAUGAUAUUAGUCUUCUCGACAAAUACACAUGUAUGUAUGAAUCAUAUCUAUAUGAUAUUCCCCAGAGAAGUGAAUAUGCACAAUGGAUAUCUGCUUAUCUCAUGAAAAUUCCAAUUAUUGGAGAAAUCUGUACUGAAAGAUGGAAAAAAGAAGCUACUGGAGAAAUCCAGCAAACCAGUCUUUCUUAUGCAACAAAAAUUGCAAAGGAAGAAAUUGAUAGAAUCUGUCAAGACAGAUAUAAACAACAAAAGCUCAAAACAAUAAGUAAAGAUUGUUGUAGCAUUCUCUCUGAUUUCAAAAACUUUGAUAUUGGAAGGAAAACUUAA